CUAUAAAAUAAAAAAAUUAUAUGCUUCUUCAUUCUUAUGUUGGUUAAAUUGCUAAGAUUUUAUGCGUGGCAACAAGAAAAAUUAACAAUUUUCAAAGCAAUGUCAGAUUCAUUAAAUAAGAACAAAAUUGUAUUAAAUGUAACAUGUGAAAUUUUUCCAAUGAAUUUAGAUGUGAUGAUCAUAUAAAAGGUGGUACAGUAGUAUCGAAUUCCCAAAAAUACUCUUUUUUCGUUUCUUUUUUUUUUUAAAAAAAAAAACCAAUUUCAAGAGAAAAUGUUCAAUAGAACCCUAUUUUUAUCCAAAAGAUAUGAAUUGUCUCAUAUUAGGUCAACAUUAUUAUCAAAGAGAUCAACACCAUCUCAUUUUAGGAACAUGGCAUCGGUGGUUAAUCGACCCCCUGAAAAAGAUUGUACUGACAUUACUCCUCCUUACACAAAAUUAACUCAAAAUUUGGCUUUUGUUCAACAAAAGAUACUUAAAGAUAAACCUUUAAGUUUAGCGGAAAAGAUACUAUAUUCUCAUUUAUAUGAUCCUCGUGAAUAUGAUGGUGGAAUUGUUAGAGGGGAAACUUAUUUAAAAUUGAAACCUGAUCGUGUUGCUAUGCAAGAUGCUUCAGCACAAAUGGCAAUUCUGCAAUUUAUGCUUGCCGGAAUGCCAACAACUGCCGUCCCAGCAUCAAUUCAUUGUGAUCAUUUAAUUGAGGCGUUCCAAGGAGCUAAUAAAGAUGUCAAGGCUGCAGAAAUUUCCAAUAAAGAGAUCUUUGAUUUCUUACAAAGUGCAGCUGAAAAAUAUGGUAUAGCAUUUUGGAAACCGGGAAGUGGUAUUAUUCAUCAAAUUGUAUUAGAGAAUUAUGCGGCACCUGGUGGACUUAUGCUUGGAACCGAUAGUCACACACCGAAUGCUGGAGGCUUAGGUAUGGUUGCGAUAGGAGUUGGUGGUGCUGAUGCUGUUGAUGCAAUGGCAGAUAUUCCAUGGGAAAUUAAGGCUCCAAAGAUCAUUGGUAUUAAAUUGAAUGGAAGUUUAUCCAAAUGGUCAAGUCCGAAAGAUGUUAUUUUAAAUCUGGCCGGAAAGUUGACCGUUCGAGGAGGAACAGGUCAUGUUCUUGAAUACUUUGGACCAGGAGUUGACACAUUAUCAUGCACUGGAAUGGCUACUAUAUCUAAUAUGGGAGCUGAAGUUGGUGCGACAACUACUGUGUUUCCAUUUAGCAAUAGCAUGUAUUCAUAUUUAACGGAAACACGAAGACACACAGUUGCGGAAGAAGCAUUAAAAAAUGCUUCAUACCUUAAAGCUGAUAGCAAUGUACAUUACGAUCAAUAUAUAGAAUUGAACUUAUCAGAAAUUGAACCUCAUAUUAAUGGACCCUUUACUCCGGAUUUAUCAACUCCGAUAAGCAAAUUUGCUGAAGUUGUUGCAAAGAAUGGAUGGAAGGAUGAAGUUAAAGCUGGUUUGAUUGGAAGUUGUACCAAUAGUAGUUAUCAAGAUAUGAGUCGUGUUGUUUCAUUAGCCAGUCAGGCAUUGGAUAAAGGAAUACAGCCAAAAGGAAAAUUUUUUAUAACACCUGGAAGUGAACAAAUAAGGGCUACAAUGGAAAGAGAUGGUCAAACUGAAAUAUUAGAACAAGUUGGUGGUAAAAUUUUAGCAAAUGCUUGUGGUCCUUGUAUUGGUCAAUGGAAAAGAACCGAUAUUAAAGAAAAUGAAGAAAAUGCUAUUCUCACUUCGUUUAACCGUAAUUUUAGGAACAGAAAUGAUAAUAAUCCUAAUACAAUGAAUUUCCUGGCAUCUCCUGAGAUUGUCACAACUAUGAUAUUUGCUGGAAAAUUAUCAUUUAAUCCCAUGACUGACGCUCUAAUAGAUAAAGAUGGUGAACCAUUUAAAUUUCAAAGUCCACACGGCGAUGAAUUACCACAUCAGGGGUUUGCAGAUGGCAACGAAGACUUAGAACCGAUAAUUACAGUUGGUAAUUCAUCAACGAAAAUUACUAUACCAGAAAAUUCUAGUAGACUUCAAAAAUUAGAACCAUUUUCCCCAUGGCAUGGAAAUGAAUUUAAGGAAUUGAAGGUAUUAGUUAAAGUUAAAGGAAAAUGUACAACAGAUCACAUAUCAGCAGCUGGACCUUGGUUAAAAUAUAAAGGACAUCUAGAAAAUAUAUCAAACAACACUUUAAUUGGAGCUUUAAAUGCUGAUAAUGAAAAAAUUAAUGUUGUAAAAAAUGAUUUGACUGGAAAGGAUGGAAAUAUACCAGAAGUUGCACGAUAUUAUAAAGAAAAUAAUGUUCCAUGGAUAAUCGUAGCGGAUCAUAAUUAUGGGGAAGGAUCAGCAAGAGAGCAUGCCGCUUUACAAGUUAGAUACUUGGGUUGUCCAUUAAUAAUUUCCAAAUCAUUUGCACGUAUUCAUGAAACAAAUUUAAAGAAACAAGGAGUAUUACCUUUGGUAUUUAAAGAUGAAAAAGAUUAUGAAUUAUUUUCUGGAGGAGAUAUAAUCGAAACUGUUGGGGUUGUUGGAUUGGAACCUGGUAAAGACGUUAUUAUUAGGGUUAAAAAGCAUGAAACUGAUAAAGAAUUUGAAGUUGUGACUAAGCACACGAUGUCAAAGGAUCAAAUUGAAUGGUUUAAAAUGGGAAGUGCUUUAAAUCUUAUUGCUAAUCAACGAUUUUGAUUUAAAUUCUAUAAUUUAAAUUAAUGAGUUAUAAUCUGCAUGCACAUCUUAAUGAUCUUAAUGAAAUUUAUGUGAUCUCUCUCAAAUUUGUAAUUAAACUCAUAUAUUAACCUUAUGCCCUCUUUUAACAUAAUUUUCAUAUUUGUUAUGGAUAAAUGAUCGUAUAUGUAAUUUUCUACCUAAAUUCUAACCACCUUAUUUAAGCUUUUGUGCACCUCAUAAAUAUAUUUUAAAUUAUGAAAUUGUUAUGAUUUUGACCAAG